AUGAGAAAGGUGGGACGAUGCUUGAAGUGGCGGAGCUUGUGGAACAAUGCGGAACUGAGUUCUGCUGGGAAGUUGGGGGAGGAGGAGGAAGAGGCAGCUGCGGUUGCUGCUGCUGCUGCUGCUGCUGCUGUUGCUGCGGAGGAGGAGGAGGAGGAGGAGGAGGAGGAGGAGGAGGAGGAGGAGGAGGAGGAGGAGGAGGAGGAGGAGGAGGAGGAGGAGGCUGAGGUAGAGAGAAGGGUUGACUCGGGGCAUGCUGCCACUAUGCCCGCCUCCAUGCCCACCGGCACCACUGCUGAUGCAUGCCAGCGCGACUGUUGCCAUGGGGGAAGCAAUGUGGGGUGUGGGUGGUCACGGCAUGGCGCAGGCGAGCAGGGCAUGAAGGUGUGUGCGGUAUUGCUCUCAGGUGUGCGGUAUGUGCUGUCAGGUGUGCGGUAUGUGCUGUCAGGUGUGCGGUAUGUGCUGUCAGAUGUGCUGUAUGCGCGUGCAGAUGUGUUGUAUGCCAGGGAGGUGGGCAGGGGGCGGACGAGGGGAGGGGGACAGCGAGCGGGGAAGGAGGGCGUGCAACGAGUGCGCGGACGGGGAGAGUGUGGACGACCGGAGCGCGGACGAGCAGGGCGUGCAGACGAACAGGGCGCGCAGACGGCCAGGGUGCGGAUGACUGGGGCGCGCGGACGGGCAGGGCGCGGACGCGAAGGGCGGAUGAGCAGGGCGUGCGGACGGGCAGGGCGCGGACGAGCAGGGCGUACGGACGGGCAGGGCGGGGACGCGAAGGGCGGACAAGCAGAGCGCGGACAACUAGAUCUGAGGGCAGGAGGAGUAGAGCAGGGCGCGGGAGGAGUAGAUCUGAGCUCGGGAGGAGGAGGUGUGAGCUCAGGAGGAGUAGAUCUGAGCUCGGGAGUGUGA